AUGGAGAAGGAACGCCCUAUAGAACAUCUCGAAGCAACUAGGACGGAAACAGAUGCUCCAAAACAGCUCGAUGACAGCACAGUAAUCGAUGUCGACGAUGAAAAACGCAACAAGCACCUGAAUCGCCGCCUCGAUAUCCGCAUCCUACCACUCUGCUGCUGGGUGUACCUACUCAACUUCCUCGAUCGUGGCAAUAUAGGCAAUGCUCGUGUCCUCAACUCAGAGACUCAAGAUGACAUGCUCUCGCGAACUCGAAUGACACCUUACGACUAUGCCAUAACACUCACGGCGUUCAGUCUAGCGUACGCUAUCUUCGAAGUGCCGAGCAACUGGGUCAUGAAGCACUAUAUACGACCUUCACUCUGGCUAGGGUUUCUGCUCGCAGCUUGGGGAGCAGUGACGAUAGGCUUCGCAGGCGUUCAGAACUAUGCUACUGUGUUAAGUUUGAGGUUGUUGAUCGGAAUUUUCGAAGCAGGUUUCUUCCCUGGAAUAGUCUAUUUCAUCACUAUCUGGUAUCGACAUAACGAGCGCGCCGUACGAAUUGCAAUGGUUGUGGCAUUUUGUAAUUUGGCGGGAGCUUUUGGGGGUACAAUCGCGUAUGGGAUCGGUCAUAUCAACGGGGCUGUAGGUCUGGAGGGCUUUCGAUGGUUGUUCAUUAUCGAAGGUAUCAUCACCAUGUUGAGUGCUAUACCUCUCAUCCUCUGCUUGCCCGAUUAUCCGGCUCGUGCGAAGUGGUUGAGCAGCGGAGACAAGCAGUUCGCAGUGGAUCGGCUCAAGAAAUUCGGUGGUGGAUACAAUACGGACCAUGCUUCAAAACGAGAGUUGCUGGAGACAUUGUUCAGUCCACGAAUGCUGGCACAUUACUUCGCAUAUAUUGCAGACGUUGUCCCUCAAGGGUCUUUCACGUUUUACACCCCAACUAUUGUGACUGGACUUGGGUAUAGAUCGGUCGAAGCACAGAUGUUCACGGUGCCCCCCUGGGUCAUCGGAUUCUUCGUUGCUAUCUCACUUUCCUACUCCGCUGAUCGCUUCAAUGCACGAGGCUGGCAUAUCGCCGGUGCCUCUGUUGUUGGUGGUCUUGGCUGGCUGACAGCGGGAUUACUGCCUCACGACGCAUACAUCGCACGAUAUGGCUGUCUUUGUCUUGCUGCAGUUGGGGCCUUCCCUUGUGCCCCCAGUUUGACCAAUUGGGUCACCACGAAUAGCCCCAGCUUACUGACCAUCCCCUUCGCAAUCGCAUUAAACAACAGUUGUGCAGGGAUCGGACAAAUUAUCGCACAAUGGAUUUGGAAAUCCAACGAAAGAACAGAAGGUUACCCGACUGGAAACUUCGUUUGUGCUGCUUGUUCGUUUUAUGUUGCAGCCACUGCGAUUAGUCUACGGCUCUGGUAUGGCAGGAUGAACGCAAAAGGAACACUCGAUGCACGAGGCGAGAAAAGGAUAUGGUCGUACUGA